AUGGCGGUGCCAAAUCUCGCUGCAAAGCUAGGCCUCCGCAUAGCUGUGGAAGGCUGUGGUCAUGGUACCCUGCACGCUAUAUAUGCGUCCAUCAAGAAGUCUUGCGAGGUGAAAGGCUGGGAUGGCGUGGAUCUUUUGAUUAUAGGUGGAGAUUUUCAGGCAGUUCGCAAUGCCCAUGACCUAAAGGCAAUCGCUAUGCCGGAGAAGUACCACGAAAUGGGUGACUUCCAUGAAUACUACUCUGGUGCCCGAACCGCGCCGUACCUAACCAUCUUCAUUGGAGGCAACCAUGAAGCAAGCAACUACUUGUGGGAGCUCUACUAUGGAGGCUGGGUUGCGCCAAAGAUUUAUUACAUGGGAGCUGCAAACGUCGUUCGACUUGGACCACUUCGCAUAGCUGGACUGUCAGGCAUAUGGAAAGGCUAUGACUACGGGAAACCCCACCAUGAACGUUUACCAUACAACAACGAUGAUAUUAGGAGUAUCUACCACGUCAGGGAGCUAGAUACGCGUAAGCUUCUCCAGAUCCGCUCACAAGUCGACGUUGGAAUUAGCCAUGAUUGGCCACGCGGGAUGGAGUGGAAAGGAAACCACCGCCAGCUGUUUUCUUUUAAGCGCCACUUCGAGGACGAUGCUAAACAAGGUAUUCUCGGAAACAUUGCCGCCACUCAGGUAUUAGAGCGCCUUCGACCUGCGUAUUGGUUCAGCGCGCACAUGCAUGUUAGAUAUUCUGCUAUCUGGGAUCAUAAGCAUACUCCAGCUCCGGUAUCCGCCUCAGCAGUGGUUAACAGCAACAGUGAGAUUUCAUUGGGUGUCGAUGGUGUUCAAUCUGCUCCAGUGCUGAAGAACGAAGACGAAAUUGACCUCGACAUGGGCGAUGACAUCGCGCCGCAGGCGACCAAUUCCGGAUUGGAACAGAGGAAUAAGGUGACCGACAUCGCGAAUCUGAACGGACCGAAUGGAGAAUUAGAUGAAGUGCCGCAGAAUGUCAGAGAUCUACUCCCGGAGUCGUUCGCUCACCCGCCUACCGACAGGAUUGUAACACUUCCUUUCCCCGCAGAGAUAACAAACAAGAGCACGCAAUUCUUAGCUCUAGACAAGUGCUUAACGGGCAGGCAUUUUCUCCAGCUUUUGGAGAUAGAACCCCUAACUCCGGGGGAUGUCCAACGUCCAUUGGAUUUGCAAUAUGAUAAAGAAUGGCUAGCCAUUACUCGUGUCUUCGCGAGCGACCUUCAACUAGGUGAUCCGGACGCACAGGUACCUCGUAACAGAGGAGACGCGUUCUACAAACCUCUUAUCGACCAAGAGAUGGAGUGGGUAGAGGAGAAUGUUGUCAAGCCUUCCAGAAUGACUAUACCGGAAGAUUUUCAACAGACAGCCCCAGUCUACGACGCGGCGAAGGGUAUACGCGUCGAUGGACAACCGCAAGAGUACACCAAUCUCCACACUCAAGCUUUCUGCGAUCUUCUACAGAUCCCUAAUGCAUUCAACACGUCUGACGAUGAAAGGAAGAGGAUGAUGCAACAGGGUCCAAGGCCCAAUAUAGAGCGGCCUGGUCGAGGUGGGUUUAGGGGUGGUUAUAGAGGCGGAAAUAGAGGGCGAGGUCGUGGUCGCGGUGGUGCGAGGGGACGAGGAGCGUUCAAUCCCAAUCAUGAACAAGUCGGCCGAGGCAGGGGACGUGGAAAGUGA